ACACACACACACACACACACACGCACACGCGCGCACAAAAGUGGGUGGGGUCGCUUUGAUGCGCAACGAGACAGCAAUGUGUGUACCACACAGCGAGCCCCAAAGUCUUAAACUAAAAUAAGAGCAAAAUAUCCUGCAGGAGGAGGAGGAGGAAGACGAGAAAGAGGGAGGCGUGCAGGCUCUUUUCCUCCAUUAAGUCUCUGGAAAAGAUUAGAUUUACUCAACGGAGGAAUAACCCUGCCUGGACAAACCCUAAAACGGUUUCGAGUCGUGAGUAGGACGUUUAUUCACACGUUUAUCCCUGAUUUGCCUUUGUGCGUUUGGUAUUAUUUUUUUUUUAUUAUUUAUCUAGUCCUUGAACUGAACGCUAUGGCAUGGCCGUGCAUCACGCGUGCUUGCUGCAUCAACCGGUUCUGGACAGAGCUGGAUAAAGCGGACAUCGCGGUGCCUUUGGUUUUCACCAAAUACUCCGAUGUGGCCGACGUGCAGCACCUGGCGCAUCACCCGCAGCCGCGGCAGAAGAAGGCCGGCGCCAUCGCCAUAGAAACCCAGCCUCAUCCCUGCGAGCAGGAGGCUGGGAAGGCACCGCCCGCGACGGGUGCCGCAGCGGGCAAAGAUGGCUCUACUGCGUCCGUCAUGCGCCAAGACUUCAAGGCGUGGAGAGUGCGCCCCGAGCCGAGCUGCAAGCCCAGGAACGAGUACCACCCAUCGGCGACCCCGUUCAACACCGAGACCCAGUAUCAGAAGGAUUACAAGCCGUGGCCUAUCCCGAAGAAGCACGACCACCCGUGGAUCCCCAAACCCAGCCCCACCGGAGGGCCGGAGCGGAGCGCGGGGGGCGGCAAGCUGGAGCACGCGGCCGCCGAGGCCGAGACCGGCGUGGAGAAGAGUGAGAUCGAGGAGAAGAUGCAGGAGAAGGAGUCAAAAAAGGCGCCGAAGAGGAGCGUGAAGAGGGAAAAGUCAGCAGAGAGGAAAACGGGUGAGAAGACGGAGGGCCAGAUGCCCGCAGAUGUGAGCGCGGAGCAGAAGAAAGGCAGAGCGGCCGCAGACGCUCUCAACAGACAGAUAAAGGAGGUCAUGUCCACUUCCAGCAGCUACAGGACCGAGUUCAAGGCGUAUAAGGACGUGAAGCCCGUGAAGGCCAUCAAGGCAACGUCUCAGUACAAACCCCCCGUGGAGGAGACCAGCCUGGAGACCAGCUACAGCGCCACGUACAAGGGGGAGCAGGUGAAGGCCCAGUUGGGUGACAACAAGCAGCUGGAGCGCAGGAGGAUACGCAGCCUGUACAGCGAGCCGAGCAAGGAGCCCCCCAAGGCAGAUAAACCGGUGUCCCGCACCAAACCGAAAAAGGCGCCGACAACAACAACAGGGAGGAUGGUGAAAAAAGCUAAAGAGAAGCAGAUUUCUAGUUCCCAGUCAGCCAAGAAGAAACCCUCCCCGGGCGCCUCAGAGCCAACACCCGACGGAGCCGUCACGAAGAAGAGCAAAGAGAUCAGUAACAGACUGGCUGAAGCGAAACAGUAGAAGGAGUCCACCUCCUUGUUGAUGAAUUAGACGAAUCUCUUCCCUUUUUAUUUUACUUUCUUACCUGUUUUUGCCGUCCUGUCAUUCAUGUUCACUGUUGAACGGGCACUAGUGUUGAGCUUUUAGAUUAAUGCAAAUAAUUUCACUGUAAACUAUGCGUGUGUGAGUGUGUUCGCGCGCGUGCGUGGGCGCGCGAACGUGUGUGACUCCUCGUGUUGUUGGUGCACAGAACCGCUUUAUAUAUUAUUGAGCACAUAAUUUGCACAUAUGAGUUCAUAUUUUCAAACUUUAAAAAAAAAAAAAAAACAAGAAGAAGAAGGAGCCAUCGGUACACAUGUACGCGUGUGAAAGGGCAUUUUUACCUUUUGUCUGAAUGGACGACAGUUGAGAUCGACAUUUAAAUGAUUGUAAAAAACGAAAUAACGUCGAGACUGUGUGUCAUGAAAAGGGGGGGGGGGGUUGUGAAAGUGCAAAAAUCUGUUCUUACGGUUGCGUUUCCCAGUUACAGUGCCUCCGCUGUAUGGUCCUGGUUUUCAUUUCAUUGUUCUGGAUGAUAUCUGGUUUCAUCAGUUUGGUUGCUAAGAAACCAAAUUAAGUGUAAUAUAAUUGCUACGGCUUGCAUGCGAGGCCCCCGUUUCUCGGUUGAGUAGCAACAUUUUAGCGGACACGGUCACGUUUUAGCUUGUAAAUUGAGCCUUUAACGAUAAAUGUAAAAGGAGUGGGGGGAGACCUUUUUUCGAAUAUACUGCAUGUGUAGAAAUAGGUUCAGAUCACACCAAAAGGUUACAUACGGCAAAUGAAAUCAUAGUCUAGUGGCUGUUAAAGCUGUAAAAUACACACACCAGCAGUAUGGUUGCACCCACUAAACAUAUUUCUUGCAGUCUACAUAAUGAACCGCUCCUUUAAUUUAAUAGGAAUACUGCAGUUUUUAUGAGGACUCUAAUUUGUGGCAUUGUACUCCACCCUCUCUGAGCUUUGACGCUGUAGCUGUGCAAACUACUAACUUAAAGAUAAAAAAAUAAAAAAUAUGCAAAUAGGCCUAAAAAGGGAGAGCCUAUGAUAUUUAUUCAACAAUUUUCACUCUGAAGGGGCUGAUCUCUCCAGGUGUUGAAGGACAAGGAAUGAGCCAGGACUUUAAGUUCAGCUCUUUAUAAAUGCUGCUGUCUGAAAAAACAAAAAAAAACAAAUGCGCAAAUCAAAACGUGUGUUCAUCGUGAGCGUGAUCCGAGGUGUUUUUAGCUAAAAUGUCAUCACAGCCCGGCCUUCACCCCUCUCUGGUUGUGAACGCACGCAUCCACCGUGAAUCCCUCAGCGGCCAGCGUCCUGGCAGCAGUGUGUGAGGGCCCCAGUCGAGCACUAGCUACCGUGAGUCUGCUUCCAGUUUAGGCUUCUCUGAGUGAGUGAGAGUUGUGGUUUUUUUUUUGUUUUUUUUGUCUCUGACCUCUUCAGCCUGCUGCCUGCAAGCAUCAAGUCUGACCCAACCACUAACAGUGCUGCUAUGCACUCCUACACCCUGGUGCUAUAUCUCUCAUCGUAUAUGCUGUCUGGUUCGGACUGCGUGUGGCGUCAGACCAGAGUGAAGUGAUGACAUGACGAUGUCAUACCAAUGCAGAUUUGUUGUGAUGUUGUGCUUGUAUUCUCGGCUUGCUCUGAAUGAACUCUCAUUAAAAAUGAUGAUACAGAAUCCUGA